AAGAAACAAAAAAGGACAUCGCAAACAACAGUUAACAGUAGUCUUUAAAGGUCCCUUCGAUAUGUCCUGUAUACGAUAUUAAAAUGAAAACAAAACGCCCUUUACUUUUCGUUAUAAAAUUGAUCCGUAUGUCAUGAAUACAGAAAAAUUGUAGGCCAUAAAAAUUACAUGUCCAUUGUUAAUCUGUGAUAGAUACAUCGGCUUAUGGAGGUAGUUCCAAGUUAAGUGACAUUCUGAACAAACAGACAUAGCAUAUUAGUGGCUGGCAAUUAAUUUGCAUACAAAUGAUGUCAUUCGGAGAUGUUUAAUUGCAAAAUGACGCAAAGAUUUACAGAUAAUGACGAGGAACGCGUACCUCUCUUUACUCGUAAUAUUGUCACGGUUGAAAUAUUUUGAAGGAAGAGUUUACUGCCAAGAUUCAAAUGCGAGACAAUGGAUGUCUCUCGGCUUCACCUGUCCUGUAGUAUGUGCUAGCAUACGACGCGCUAUAGAUAGCCUCAUUAUGUCAGAUUAUAAAAAUUCAUUACACAAAAAAAUCCGAACUGGCGAUAAAACAAGAUAUAAACUUCUCGACGAUACUUCCUACAUAGACGACAUUAUAGUCAAUGAUAACUAUCCUAAAGACUUGAGAGAUUUUAAUAGCGAGAAACAAAAUAAACCUCAUAUCGAAGCGAAAUGUGAGAAAGAGAGCAGCAAUGAUAAAGAUGAUAUCGAUAUGAACGACACAAAGAUGAGAUCUGACGAUACGAAACAGUACGAAGCGAUAUUCAGAAACAUCAAGAAUGUAAAGGGCAUUCUGCGGAGGAGCAGCGGCUCACAUGACAAUAAUAACAAAACUAUAAACAAAAUGACAGGAAAAUGUUGGUAUCUGGAGAAGUUUACGGCCAAGUUGCUGCUGGGGAAGCUCGGAUACCGACCCUGCACCAGGAAGUCCAGCUUCGAUAGGAAAUUCGUUCAAAUAAUUACAAAUGUCAUAAACAAAUACGCCGAUACAUUUUUCAAAUUCACCGAAGAGAUGACCGAGAUACUCCUCGAGAGUAUUUUCGGCAGCGACACCGACGUACGCAACAACAUAUUCGAUGUGAACAAGCUGUUGAGGUAUCUGAGGAAGUCUGUUGAUCUGCACAAGAACCACGCUGACGGCAGCGUGGUCACGCUCACGUCCAAACGUUGCCUAACACUGUCUCUGCCAGGAUGCUUCUGCAAGCCUGGAUUCGUCGAAAGCUCCGGGCAAUGCGUCCUCCCUUCCGAUUGCGUCACAUCAGAUUACAAACAAUAUUUGACUAGGAUAAUCGUACUGUGAAUAAACUUACCGCUAAAUGACUACUAAAUGCUAUAUAAUAACGAAUCGAGGCCUUUGGAUCGGGAAAUUAAAAAAAAAUGACA